CGUCCUCGUCGUCUGCGCCGUCCAGCAGCAGCUCUGCGCCGUCUUCGUCGUCUGCGCCGUCCAGCAGCAGCUCUGCGCCGUCCUCGUCGUCUGCACCGUCCAGCAGCAGCUCUGCGCCGUCUUCGUCGUCUGCGCCGUCCAGCAGCAGCUCUGCGCCGUCCUCGUCGUCUGCGCCGUCCAGCAGCAGCUCUGCGCCGUCUUCGUCGUCUGCGCCGUCUUCGUCGUCUGCGCCGUCCAGCAGCAGCUCUGCGCCGUCCUCGUCGUCUGCACCGUCCAGCAGCAGCUCUGCGCCGUCCUCGUCGUCUGCACCGUCCAGCAGCAGCUCCGCGCCGUCCUCGUCGUCUGCACCGUCCAGCAGCAGCUCUGCGCCGUCCUCGUCGUCUGCGCCGUCCAGCAGCAGCUCCGCGCCGUCUUCGUCGUCUGCGCCGUCCAGCAGCAGCUCUGCGCCGUCUUCGUCGUCUGCGCCGUCCAGCAGCAGCUCUGCGCCGUCCUCGUCGUCUGCACCGUCCAGCAGCAGCUCUGCGCCGUCCUCGUCGUCUGCGCCGUCCAGCAGCAGCUCCGCGCCGUCCUCGUCGUCUGCACCGUCCAGCAGCAGCUCUGCGCCGUCCUCGUCGUCUGCGCCGUCCAGCAGCAGCUCCGCGCCGUCUUCGUCGUCUGCGCCGUCCAGCAGCAGCUCUGCGCCGUCUUCGUCGUCUGCGCCGUCCAGCAGCAGCUCUGCGCCGUCCUCGUCGUCUGCACCGUCCAGCAGCAGCUCUGCGCCGUCCUCGUCGUCUGCGCCGUCCAGCAGCAGCUCCGCGCCGUCCUCGUCGUCUGCACCGUCCAGCAGCAGCUCUGCGCCGUCCAGCAGCAGCUCUGCGCCGUCCUCGUCGUCUGCGCCGUCCAGCAGCAGCUCUGCGCCGUCCUCGUCGUCUGCACCGUCCAGCAGCAGCUCUGCGCCGUCCUCGUCGUCUGCGCCGUCCUCGUCGUCUGCACCGUCCAGCAGCAGCUCUGCGCCGUCCUCGUCGUCUGCGCCGUCCAGCAGCAGCUCCGCGCCGUCUUCGUCGUCUGCGCCGUCCAGCAGCAGCUCCGCGCCGUCCUCGUCGUCUGCGCCGUCCAGCAGCAGCUCUGCGCCGUCCUCGUCGUCUGCGCCGUCCAGCAGCAGCUCCGCGCCGUCCUCGUCGUCUGCACCGUCCAGCAGCAGCUCUGCGCCGUCUUCGUCGUCUGCGCCGUCCAGCAGCAGCUCUGCGCCGUCCUCGUCGUCUGCACCGUCCAGCAGCAGCUCUGCGCCGUCCUCGUCGUCUGCGCCGUCCAGCAGCAGCUCCGCGCCGUCCUCGUCGUCUGCGCCGUCCAGCAGCAGCUCCGCGCCGUCUUCGUCGUCUGCGCCGUCCAGCAGCAGCUCCGCGCCGUCCUCGUCGUCUGCGCCGUCCAGCAGCAGCUCUGCGCCGUCUUCGUCGUCCGCGCCGUCCAGCAGCAGCUCUGCGCCGUCCUCGUCGUCUGCGCCGUCCAGCAGCAGCUCCGCGCCGUCCUCGUCGUCUGCACCGUCCAGCAGCAGCUCUGCGCCGUCCUCGUCGUCUGCACCGUCCAGCAGCAGCUCUGCGCCGUCCUCGUCGUCUGCACCGUCCAGCAGCAGCUCUGCGCCGUCCUCGUCGUCUGCGCCGUCCAGCAGCAGCUCCGCGCCGUCCUCGUCGUCUGCGCCGUCCAGCAGCAGCUCCGCGCCGUCCUCGUCGUCUGCGCCGUCCAGCAGCAGCUCUGCGCCGUCCUCGUCGUCUGCGCCGUCCAGCAGCAGCUCCGCGCCGUCCUCGUCGUCUGCACCGUCCAGCAGCAGCUCUGCGCCGUCCUCGUCGUCUGCGCCGUCCAGCAGCAGCUCCGCGCCAUCCUCGUCGUCCGCGCCGUCCAGCAGCAGCUCCGCGCCGUCCUCGUCGUCCGCGCCGUCCAGCAGCAGCUCUGCGCCGUCCUCGUCGUCUGCGCCGUCCAGCAGCAGCUCUGCGCCGUCCUCGUCGUCCGCGCCGUCCAGCAGCAGCUCUGCGCCGUCCUCGUCGUCUGCGCCGUCCAGCAGCAGCUCCGCGCCGUCCUCGUCGUCCGCGCCGUCCAGCAGCAGCUCUGCGCCGUCCUCGUCGUCCGCGCCGUCCAGCAGCAGCUCCGCGCCAUCCUCCUCGUCCGCGCCGUCCAGCAGCAGCUCCGCGCCGUCUUCGUCGUCCGCGCCGUCCAGCAGCAGCUCUGCGCCGUCCUCGUCGUCUGCGCCGUCCAGCAGCAGCUCUGCGCCGUCCUCGUCGUCUGCGCCGUCCAGCAGCAGCUCCGCGCCGUCCUCGUCGUCCGCGCCGUCCUCGUCGUCUGCGCCGUCCAGCAGCAGCUCUGCGCCGUCCUCGUCGUCCGCGCCGUCCAGCAGCAGCUCUGCGCCGUCCUCGUCGUCUGCGCCGUCCAGCAGCAGCUCCGCGCCGUCCUCGUCGUCCGCGCCGUCCAGCAGCAGCUCUGCGCCGUCCUCGUCGUCCGCGCCGUCCAGCAGCAGCUCUGCGCCGUCCUCGUCGUCUGCGCCGUCCAGCAGCAGCUCUGCGCCGUCCUCGUCGUCCGCGCCGUCCAGCAGCAGCUCUGCGCCGUCCUCGUCGUCCGCGCCGUCCAGCAGCAGCUCUGCGCCGUCCUCGUCGUCCGCGCCGUCCAGCAGCAGCUCUGCGUCGUCCUCGUCGUCUGCGCCGUCCAGCAGCAGCUCUGCGCCGUCCUCGUCGUCCGCGCCGUCCAGCAGCAGCUCUGCGCCGUCCUCGUCGUCCGCGCCGUCCAGCAGCAGCUCUGCGCCGUCCUCGUCGUCUGCGCCGUCCAGCAGCAGCUCUGCGUCGUCCUCGUCGUCCGCGCCGUCCAGCAGCAGCUCUGCGCCGUCCUCGUCGUCCGCGCCGUCCAGCAGCAGCUCUGCGCCGUCCUCGUCGUCUGCGCCGUCCAGCAGCAGCUCUGCGCCGUCCUCGUCGUCCGCGCCGUCCAGCAGCAGCUCUGCGCCGUCCUCGUCGUCUGCGCCGUCCAGCAGCAGCUCUGCGUCGUCCUCGUCGUCUGCGCCGUCCAGCAGCAGCUCUGCGCCGUCCUCGUCGUCCGCGCCGUCCAGCAGCAGCUCUGCGCCGUCCUCGUCGUCUGCGCCGUCCAGCAGCAGCUCCGCGCCGUCCUCGUCGUCCGCG